GCUGCUAAAGAUCUCGUCGCUGCUGGCAAAUCAGUCCUUGUCCUUGAAGCCCGAGAUCGAGUCGGCGGAAAGGUCUACGACGUGGAGGUCAAGAAUGGGAACGGCCACAAAGUCGAGGCCGGAGCUGAAUUCGUCUGCAAGAACCACAAGAGAUUGCUUGCUUUGGCCAGUGAUCUGGGCAUCAAAACCUUCCCGACAUACAUCGAGGGCGAUAUGCUCAUGUGGAUACCUGGUCAGGGUCGUCUACUGUACGAUCCUGCUAAGACGCAAGGAAUACCUCCCUUGUCUGAAGAGGAUAUAGCGACUCUAGCUGAUAUCACAAUACAGCUCAAUGAGAUAGCGAGUGAGAUUGACGUGCAUCAGCCGUGGACUCACCCAAAGGCGAAGGAAUGGGAUCGUCAAACGCUGUCUUCAUGGCUCGAUGGCUUUGCUCGCGAUGGUACAGCCCGAGGAGUGAUUGACAUGACAAACAGAGCUAUCAUGUCGGCAGAAUGCGAGGACGUUUCACUGUUGAGCGCUGUGAUCAACGUUGCACGAACUGGAGACCCAGAAACAAAAGGCCGAAUGGAGAUGUUGACCAACGUCAAGAAUGGAUCUCUUGAAGAGCGAAUCCAGGGCGGACCACAGAACAUCGCCACCAAACUGGCGGAACGUCUUGGCAGUGACAAAGUCCGCCUUCAGGCACCUGUUCGACAGAUCCUCCAGAAUGAUGGGACAUAUCUUGUUGUUGGCGAUUCAUUCCGUGUUCAAGCAAGCAAGGUCAUCAUCGCCAUUCCACCCACGCUUGCAGGUCGAAUCGUCUACCAGCCUCCCCUCCCCGCCGCACGAGAUCAGCUUUGUCAGCGUGUACCAAUGGGUUCAAUCGGAAAAGUCAUUGCAAUUUACAAAACCCCAUUCUGGCGCGACCAGGGCCUCAGCGGUGAAGUCGCGAGUCUCGAGGGUGUCUCCCAGUCUACAUUCGACAGUUCUCCCCCUGAUGCAAGCUUCGGUGCUUUGAUGGGUUUUCUGGAAGCCAACGAGAUGCGAAGACUCGAUGAUGCCUCUGAAGAAGAAAUCUUUGCUGCUGUAACGGAGGACUUUGUUAGAUACUUUGGUCCCAAGGCGAGAGAGGUCCAGUCAUGGGUUCUUCAGAGAUGGGAUAACGAGGAGUUUUCUCGGGGGGGCCAUACGGGAUCGUUCCCGCCGAAUGUUUGGACUCAGUUCGGGCCUGCGCUGACGAAGCCGAUUGGUGGGAUCUAUUUUGCUGGUACUGAAGCGUCGAGCUAUUGGGCGGGAUUCAUGGAGGGUGCUGUUAUUGCUGGUGAAGCAGCAGCUAGGAAGAUACUAAGCAGCUCCUGAGA